AUGAAGUCAGAUACACUACCUAGUACAAGGCCGUCAUCUUCUCUGCCUCGGCAAGGAUGCUCCCGACUACUAUCCCCAACCCACGCGCCUCCAGCCGUGUUUGCUGCAGGCCCCUCACACCAGCCUAAUCAGCGCCGUGAGUCCGUCACCGAGGACCCCGCUGCAGCAUAUCGUACCACCGCUAUGCGCCAGAUCAACGGUUUCCCGAGAUCUACACCCCGUCCCGUCCGUGACAAUCCCCCUGGAAGACACUCGUCGACACUCGCUACACGCCCCGUGCUUGUCAGGGCGUAUUCGGGAGAUGCGCCGGAUAGGCCUACACGACCGUCUACUAUGUCUCCGCUUCGGUUCCUCUCAUUCUCGGGUUCGAGGAGCUCGGCUCCUCCGUCACAAUCUGAUGUCAUGUUUCCGACAGACAAGGACUUUAGUAUCGAGAGUAUACUGCAGGCCAUCGAGCCUGAUAUCCGUGGAACUCUGGACUCCAUUGCUGAGAUCUGUGGGCGGAGCAAGCUCAGUCUUUCCAAUGAGUAUGGUAGUCAUAUCGCCCCCUUGGGUGAGAUUUGUGCUCCGUCAAGUCCACUGGGACCCGUCGAGGAGGCUAGGCCUAAUGAGGAACGGCCUGUCGAUGACAACAAUGCGGUCAUUGUUGAGGAUGAGGCUAGUCCGAUUGAUCUGGCUCGUGACAUGCAUCCGUUCUCCUUUCAUCGGUAUCUAGAAAAUCUGAGGCAUACUGCGUCUAUGAUGGAACAGAAUGCUGCCCCUGGCCAGACAACUCAGAGACAACCCCAUUCUCCAUUGUUUCCUGCCAUGACCUCCGAGACGGAAACUGUUUUGGCUAUUGCGCCGGAGACCAUAGCUUCGACACCUUUCACGCGCGAAUUCGCAUCGAGACCCAAGCAUAGCGGUCGUGAUCUACUAGCAAAGAAUGCUGCUGCUAGCAGUGGCGAACAGCAGUCAUCUCAGAUGGCCACUCCCGCUGUAGUGUCAGAGGUUCAUCUAGAGGUGAUUGCAAAUGAUGGGUCCUCCACUGCACCCAAUAUUCUCCCGCAAUCUGCUCUGGCAGGUGAGGGUUUACCUGACGCGGGAAACUCUGGUCCGGAAAUCAUACAAUCCCUCCUUGGCUGGCUGAAGUGGACUGCAAGUAUCGCUGGGCCGGAAUCUAGCCCUGCUUUGGAGUCCGCAGAGGGUCGGCUACGAGCUAUGCUUGACCGUUCAGGGAGUGAGGCUGCGCCGUCAACUGUAGUUUGA